AUGAUGCUCGAGGCCGGCUCCUCCCCGCGCGUCAAGAACAAGGGCGGCCUGACGCCCCUGCAGCUCGUCGACCCCGCGAACAAGGAGCUCCGCGACCUCAUCCAGAAGCACGAGUACGCCGCCCUCAACGCCGGCGAUUUCGUCAACGUCGAGCCCGCGGCGCCCGCGCAGGGUGGCAAGGCGAACCAGCAGCAGCACCACCACCAGCAGGAGGUUGAAAGUGACGAGGACGCCGAGUUCAGCGGCAGCGACGACGACGAGAGGGCCGAGUGGGAGCGUCGGCGGAAGGAGAGGAGGGCGCAAAGGGGCUAA